CACUCAGUGUGUGUGACACACCAUGUCAUCCUGUGUGCGGGUGAAGGGCGGCAUUGGUGACACUCUGAGCGAGUGUCACGUACUCUAUGAAAUAAUGCCCCACACACCGACCGAGGAGCAGGAUGCGGAGGUUAAUGUCUGUGCCCCAUGCAGUAAGAAUAUGGAGCAGGGGUCUGGAGACAGAGGUGGGAUGCAAGCAGCGAGAGAAGGAAGAUUCAGUGUUGGAGAUCAGAGUGAGGAGCUUCAGAGUAUAGAUGGAGGAGACCUACCAGGCACGGAGUGUGACAAGCGGGAUCAACAGGGGUUGGAGGAUGAGAGAGAACGCCUCCGCAGGGAGAUCUGCAGGGAGCUGAGGAUUAAGGAAGGAGCAGAGAGGCUCCUGAGAGCAACCACAGAACGCAAGAACCUGGGACAUGUAGAGACUAUGCUUAGAACUUGUGAGAGAAGACUGGAUAAUUUGAAACAGGAAUUGGAAGACCUUGAUGUCUCUCCCACAUCACCAAAUGCAGAGUCAGUUAAUCCACUUUCCACAGGUGUCGUCUGCCAAGUCCAGCAAGCUCGUGUGUCCCGCUUGGAACGCCAGUUGGGCAUUGAGAUGCGAGUGAGACAGGGAGCAGAAAAUAUGAUCCAGAUGUACAGUAAUGGCUCAGUCAAGGAUAAGAAGCUGCUUUCCGCUGCUCAGCAGAUGUUAUCCGAAAGUGACAACAAGAUCCAUAACCUACGCGCUCAAAUCCGGAGGGUAGCCCAGGAGACAUCUGGGGGAGGGGCAGGCACGUCUGAAUUAUCUCACACUGAAAUGCACAUCGAGGAGCUGAGACACCACUAUCGGAUAGAACGGGCCGUGUCUGAGGGAGCGGAGAACGCCCUGAGGAUGCUGGGGGGUAUCAAGGCUCAGGACAAGAGUGCGGUCAAUGAGGUGCAGGCGCGCCUUGUGGAGUCUCGGCAGAGAAUAGAUCUCUUGACACAGUCUCUACACAGGUGUCUUGAGGACCUUCCUCAUGACCACCCUAAAAGAUGUCUGUUGAGAGAGGAGAUGGCCAUGUGUGUUUCUCCAACAAGACUGGGUGCUCCAUCACCAACCUCUCCAUACAGUACCCUCUCCAAAUCUGCCCCCCUCACAGGGGUGCUACAGGUUCGGCUCUUGGGAUGUACAGACCUUUUAGACUCUGUCCCAGGUCGUACAAGGAGUUUCACUGUCUGGUUACCUGGAAACAACCCAGUGGAAGGAAAGACACUGAAAGCGAGAACAUCACGGAGUAUGUAUUCACGAGCAUCCAGCCUGAGCCGCAGUGAUGACCCUUCUAACGACAUCAGCGUAGUUUUACGUCUGGAUAAUGUAGUGGUCGGGCAGACGGCGUGGAAGACAGAAGGGCGAGACACUUGGGAUCAGGUGUUCAAGCUACAACUGGAGAGGUCUCGUGAGCUGCAGGUCUCUGUGUACAGGAGAGAUUUCCGCUCACUUUGCGCUAUCAAAUAUGUGAAACUAGAAGAAUUUCUGGAUGACCAAAGGAAAGAGACGUAUCUGGAACUGGAACCGCAAGGAACCCUUUUAUGUGAGGUGACGUUUUAUAAUCCUGUGAUUGAAAGGUUCUCCAAACUACGCCGACAGAAGAAGAUUUUCUCUAAAGAACAAGGAAAAGCAUUUCUACGUGCUAGACAGAUGAACAUCGAUCCUUCCACCUGGCUCCGUCUCCUACGCAGAGCGAUCCCCGCCAGCACUGGAGGGUACAGUCCUGCAGAAGAACUACAACUGGAUUCUCUUACUCUGAGACCAAAUCAGGAAACAAAGGAUGAGGUGGACGCCCCAGUCGUACUAAAGAGCCCGGCGAGACGGCGGGAAAGCCAGAGACGAACGCAGAGCGUCUCACAUCUGUCUUUAGAAGACUUCAGACUUUUGGCCGUCCUGGGUAGAGGGCACUUUGGAAAGGUCCUCCUAUCUGAAUACAAGGAAACUGGAGAUUUAUAUGGAAUCAAAGCUCUAAAGAAAGGAGAUAUCAUUGCCAGGGAUGAGGUUGAGAGUCUCAUGUGCGAAAAGCGGGUGUUUGUAGCAGUGAGCGGAGCCUCACACCCGUUCCUGCUUAGCCUGCUGGGAUGUUUCCAAACUGCAGAGCAUGUCUGCUUCGUCAUGGACUUUAUGGCUGGAGGAGACCUCAUGACUCAUAUACACACAGAAGUGUUCGGUCAGCAGCGAGCCAUGUUUUACGCAGCAUGUGUACUACUCGGCCUUCAAUUCCUGCACAGUAAGGACAUAGUGUAUAGAGAUUUAAAACUGGAUAAUCUGCUGCUGGACUCGGAAGGAUAUGUGAAGUUGGCGGAUUAUGGCCUGUGUAAAGAAGGAAUGGGUCCAUCAGACCGAACCUCCACAUUCUGUGGAACACCAGAGUUUUUGGCUCCUGAAGUUCUUACAGAUGCCUCUUAUACCCGAGCAGUGGACUGGUGGGGCUUUGGCGUUCUUAUAUAUGAAAUGAUGGUUGGUGAGUCUCCAUUCCCAGGAGAUGAAGAGGAGGAGGUAUUUGACAGUAUUGUUAAUGAUGAAGUCCGGUAUCCACGAUUCCUGUCAGCUGAAGCCAUUGCAAUCAUGAGGAGGCUGCUGCGCAGAAACCCUGAGAGACGCCUGGGCUCAGGAGAACGUGAUGCAGAAGAUGUAAAAAAACAGCCGUUCUUUAAGGAAUUGGAUUUUGUGGCUCUCCUUGCUCGCCGUCUCCCGCCUCCAUUCACCCCAUCUGUCAAAGGACCACAUGAUAUCAGCAACUUUGAUCCUGAAUUCACAUGUGAAGGACCAGAGCUGACUCCUCCAAGGGAGCCGCGAAUAUUGAACCCCCAAGAACAGAGCCUGUUUCAGGGCUUUGACUAUGUGAGAGACGGAGCCUGAGAGAAGAACAUUCGUAGCUGGAGACCUUCUUCAUUUUCAUUUAUUUUAUCCUCACAGUAUUGUUUUAGUUCCUUAUUCUUUCUGCCUUCCCCGUCUUUGUUGCCUUUCUCUCCUUACCUCAGGUAAUGGUUGUAAAUAAAGAUCUUUAUUAACUAUGGGAAAAGAUUCAGUAAAACUAUACAUCAAUCUGCUAAUUGUUCA